AUGUUCGCCUUCCUCUACCUCCUCUCGCUCACAGUAGCCUCCGCCUCUCCCAUCCACCUCAAACGCCAAACCACCACCCGCAGCCCCGACUACUCCGGCGCUUCCCUCCUCUCUUCCCCCGACGGUACCGCCAUCAACUACAUCACCGCCCAAAUCAACGUCCCCGAAACAAAAUUCGUCGCAGCCGAAGGCUCCCCAGGAACCACCCAACUUUCCACAGCUUGGGUUGGCAUUGGCGCCGGCCACCCACGCUCGGGCAAUGGCAUCAUCCAAACUGGCUGCUCGUUCUUCAAUGACGGUUAUCAGGACCUGUAUACCCGUUGUUGGUACGAAUUCUUCCCGGCGAAGGCGCAAUACUUUGAUGGGUUUAGUCCGAACACGGAUGAUACGCUUCUGCUGGAAAUCACGAGGGUGAAUCCUACGACGGGGCAUGCUGCCAUCACGAAUUUGAAUACCGGCGAAGCUGUGUCAACGGAUUUCCCUGCGCCUGACGACGGCACGGCCAGUACUGGUCCUGAUGCGGAUUGGGUGGUUGAGAAUCCCCAAGGAACGAACAACUUCGCGGAUUUCCAGGUUCAAUUUUUUGAGGGUUGCAGUGCGACGACGGAGGGUGGGGAAUACGUAUGGGCCUAA